ACAUAAAUGUUCCGCCCCAACACAUCUACAUCAGGACCUUGCAACUUAUUGCUGUUCGGAUGGCGACGGUUUCAAUUGCCAAAAGUUCCUUCGCACCACUACUGUCUUAACUAAAAUCUGCGUGCUGCUUCCUUGAUCCUCCCUAAGGACUGCCCAAGAAACCAAAAUAAGCUUUUUACCAAAUUGAUCAACUCAGUCUUGCUGUGCAAUGGAGUUCCGGCCCUGCAUCGCCGCAGCUGGUUUCCUUCUUUUCCUCCUCCUGACACCUUGCCUUUCGAGAGGUAUGCAAAAGAAGGAGCUCGACAUCUACGAAAUUGAUUACAGAGGCCCAGAGACUCACUCUUACCUUCCUCCUCCCAACCGAUCUAAUGGCAGGCACAAUAUCCAUCAUCAAAACGUGAAUGCGCAUAGCAAAUCCAAAGACUUCAGAGUUGUCAGAUCAGAAGGAAAGCAGGGGAAGAAGAUACAUGACUGAAGAUGUUCGCAAUCAAAGUCACGUCAGUCGUUGGAAAUGAAACAUAAACGAGUCAAGAAUUUUCUAUAUGAUACUGUGACCUAUAUAUGAACGUGUUGUGUGUAAAAGUAUAUCAAGUGUUACCUUUGUGAUCACCAACUGAUACAGCAGCCUUUUGCAUUCCUUUUAUAUACAGGUGUUACGUGUAAAUGUGGAUUGUGAACUUGUUAUUUGAAACUUGUAACUUAGAUGUAAUGAUUACCAUAUCUCUUGGUUCCAAGUUCGGUCAUAUACAGCCUCUGCAAA